AGAACGGCUUCCGGAUCCGGGGACGAAUUGCAUGGCCCCGGGGCGGAGAGCAGGAGUUUGCAAAGGGGGUGGGGGAGAGACUCGAGGAAAGCGCCCCGUUUGCCUCCCGGGGCUGGACGGAAGGGGCUCCCCAUCCCCUCCGAGGCCGCUUUGCAAAGGCGCCGACUACAUCUCCCAUCACCCCUCGCUCACGGCCGUGCGUGCUGGGAAUUGUAGUCCAAAAAUAAAAGAAGUACAUUCGCAAGGACUAACGGGUUUCCAGGGCAAGCCUUUCCAGGCUGGUUAAAAGGGCUUCCUCUCAGGUGUGAGCUACGCAAGAUGCCGGUCAGCCUGAAUGACGUCAUGCAACUCCUGUGCCAUGUGUCUGAAGAGCGGAGAAUGAAGGCAGCCUUCAAGCAUUCGGGGCGAGGAGCGAUCGUGGCUGGGGCAACUGCUUUCUUGGGAGGCUUGGUGGGAGGCCCACCUGGCAUAGCCGUUGGGGGCGCUGUUGGGGGUUUGCUUGGUGCCUGGAUGACCUCUGGGCAGUUUCAGCCCAUCCCUCAGAUCAUCCUGGAACUGCCUCCCGCGGAGCAGCAGCGGCUGUACGACAACGCCUACGCCAUCAUUGGGAAUUUAGACUGGACCGAUACAGCGCAGCUCAUAGCCCUGGUCAUGGGCAACAGAGCCAUCCAGGACCAGCUGCUCUUCAUGCUGACGAGCUACAUCACCAAUGAGCUUAAAGCCGAAAUCAAGUAUGAAAACUAGGGUCUGAUGUGAAAUUGAGCAUGCUUAAGUAGACCCCCCUUUUUUGGUAACGUGGAGAAUGUCUUAAAUCUGUUUGGAUCGAUGGUUUUCCCGUUGCAACUGGAGAUUAUGACGCUCUUAUCCUCUGUUCCUCAAACCAAUCUCAGAAUAGUGUUUCCAAUGGUUUGAUGAGCCUUUCUAUAUCGUUAUCAUUGCUCUGGCUGCUGCGGAUACAUCAGUUCCAGG